AUUGCAGACCAUCUAUUUUGCUAUUGAAUUCUGAGCAGAGAUGACGUAACCAAUAGCCGGGCUGGGCUCAUUUGACAGCCCAGUGGGAUAAUUUUUUAUGGUGCAUACCAUUUCUAUAAAAAUACGGGGGUGACAACGAAUAUGUCAAGAGGCUAAACCAUUAAUUAUUAGCUAAAUACCCACAUUUUGUGACUUUCAUUAGCCGAUAACACAAUCGUGAGAGACUGUGUAAUCGUAAGUGUUAUUGUAUGAAGGAAUUGCAAUUUUUAAUAAAAUGAGUCUACCUAAUUUACAAUAUCCUUGCACUAGUCCAGUGAUGGGGAUCAAUGCGCGCAGACCCGGAUGUUGACUAGUGGAAUCGCAUGUAGUGUUUUGGCCUGGAACCUGCAGGUCCAUUCAAGAGAAUAGUGCAGAGAAUCAGCUGGGACCUCACGGGACAAGAUAUUAUGUGUUAAACCAUGGCACAAAUAGAAAAGAAAGUGGGACUGCUUCGGAAAUCGUCGUCUUCUAAGAAACCAUUAAAAGAGAAGGUUGUGUUGAUGUAUGAUGACAUAUUUGCGAAAGAUGAUCCAACCAAAUCAAACCCUAGAUUUUGGGAAGAACUAUUCCUAAUGAAGGUAAAUCUAGAAUAUCUGGAAUCCAAGUUGGAAUCUCUAGACGGAGAAGAAUUAAUGAAGAUAAAGGAUAAUAUUAACAGUUUGUUUCGGCACUGUAUCCAGGCCUUGAGUGCAGAGCACCAGAUUCGGGUUGUAAAUUCUUUACAGACUCUUUGUGCUUUGAUACGAGGAGUCCAUCAGAAAAACAAGUCAACCUCUGGGUUUGAUAUCAUCAACAUGCUAAUGGGGUUUGAUAAAGCUGAGCUCAGAAUGAAGAAUUUGAUGGAGAGUUUGGAUAUCCUCCUGUGUGGAGAUGGGUCUGUAAGCUUAAAGAGUUUGUGUCUGAAGCUACUCCUCUGCUUAGUAACUGUGACGGAUAACAUCAGCCAGAAUACCAUACUGGAGUAUGUUAUGAUUAAUAGCAUAUUUGAAGCAAUCCUACAGAUUCUAUCCAACCCUCAAAGCCGAAGAGAACAUGGCUAUGAUGCAGUUGUUUUACUUGCGCUUCUUGUGAACUACAGGAAAUAUGAAUCCGUCAAUCCAUACAUUGUUAAACUCUCCAUUGUUGACGAUGAAAGCACUCUUAAUGGGAUGGGAUUAGUAAUUAACCGUGCAUUAUUUGAAUACAACAGGCAGUAUAGAGACAAGGAAGAAGAAAAUCAGACAGGCUUUUUCUCUGCAUUUACAAAUAUGGUAGGCAGCAUGUUCAUAGCAGAUGCAGAUGAGAAACUAUCUGUGCAAACAAAUGAAGCCAUCUUGCUUGCACUAUAUGAAGCAGUUCAUCUAAACAGGAACUUCAUAACCGUUUUGGCACAGAGUCAUCCUGAGAUGGGAUUAGUUACUGUACCAAUAAGUCCAAUUCCUACAACACCCACAACACCGCUGGGUACAACGCCCCCUUCCUCAGAUGUAAUCAGCCCUACAGAGUUACCUUUGGAUGCCGACGUACAGACAAGUAAUUUGCUCAUUACGUUUCUGAAAUACAGCUCCAUUGUUAUGCAGGAUACGAAAGAUGAACAUAGACUGAACAGCGGUAAACUUUGCCUCAUUAUCUUAACCUGUAUAGCAGAGGAUCAAUAUGCAAAUGCUUUCCUACAUGAUGACAAUAUGAAUUUUCGAGUAAACCUUCACAGAAUGCCAAUGAGACAUAGGAAAAAAGGAGCUGAUAAAAACCUACCUUGCCGCCCCCUGGUGUGCGCCGUGUUAGACCUGAUGGUUGAAUUCAUUGUGACUCAUAUGAUGAAAGAGUUUCCUAUGGACCUUUAUGUACGUUGUAUCCAAAUAAUACACAAGCUUUUGUGUUAUCAAAAGAAGUGCAGAGUAAGGCUACAUUACACUUGGAGAGAGCUUUGGUCUGCACUUAUAAAUUUAUUGAAGUUUCUCAUGUCCAAUGAAACUGUGUUACUUUCAAAGUACAACAUCUUCACCUUGGCUCUUAUGGUAGUCAAUUUGUUUAAUAUGUUUAUUACAUAUGGAGACACCUUCCUUCCAACACCAAGCAGUUAUGAUGAGUUGUAUUAUGAAAUUAUCCGUAUGCAUCAGAUUUUUGACAACCUUUAUUCUAUGGUUCUUCGACUAUCCACCAAUGCAGGUCAGUGGAAGGAACCUGCAAGCAAGGUGACCCAUGCAUUAGUAAAUGUCAGAGCCAUUAUAAACCACUUUAACCCGAAGAUAGAAUCAUAUGCUGCUGUGAAUCACAUCUCACAAUUAUCAGAGGAUCAGGUUUUAGAAGUUGUGAGAUCCAACUAUGAUACACUGACCUUGAAGCUUCAGGACGGACUUGAUCAAUAUGAACGUUAUUCUGAACAACACAAAGAAGCCACAUUCUUUAAAGACCUGGCUCGAUCAAUCAGUAUCAAUGUAAGAAAGAACCUUGCCUUAAGCACACUGAGCCAAGAGAUCCUAUUGAAAGAGUUCUCCACCAUCUCCUGAGACUGUCUCCAUUUAGAACACUGCCACUGGAUUCUCUACCCGAACAAUUGUUUUCUAACUUUGUGGAUUAUAAUAAAUUAGUGUUUGUUGUUUUUUAAAUAUUAUUUGCAUUUAAAAAUAUAGAUGCAAAUUUGAUUUGUACACUAUUUUGUGUAUUUCAGAGAUAAAAAAAAUGGCUGUUUCUAAAAAUUAAAGGAAUAGUACUGUAAAAAUAUAACUUUAACGGAUUUGAUGAGAGUGGGGGAUUUUAAACAACUUUCCUAUUACUACUACUUCUGUUAUCAAUGUUUCUUAGUUCUCUUGGUAUCCUUUGUUAAAGAGUAAUUCUAGGAGAGUUCAAGAGAGUGCAUGUGUCUUUACCCAUCUGGCAGCAGUGUUUGUAACAAUGUUCAUAGUAGGGUUAUACAUAGUUGUAAACACUGGUGCCACAGAAUGCUAAAGAUACGUGCACACUCUUAAAGGGACAGUCUAGUCAAAAUUAAACUUUCAUGAUUCAGAUAGGGCAUGUCAUUUUAAACAACUUUCCACCAUACUUUUAUCAUCAAAUUUGCUUUGUUCUCUUGCUAUUCUUUGUUGAAAGCUAAACCAAGGUAGGCUCGUAUGCUAAAUUCUAAGUCCUUGAAGGCUGCCUCUUAUCUGAAUGCAUCUGACAGUUUUUCACAGCUAGAGGGCGUUAGUUUGAGAGGGCACUGAUCGGCUAAAAUGCAAGUUUGUCAAAAGAACUGAAAUAAGGGGACAGUCUGCAGAGGCUUAGAUACAAGGUAACCACAGAGCUAAAAUAUCUAUUAAUAUAACCGUGUUGUUUAUGCUGGGGAGUGGGUAAUAAAGGGUUAAUCUAUCUUUUUUAAACAAUAAAAAUUCUGGCGUAGACUGUCCCUUUAAGCUUCUAUCAGCCUACCAUGGAUUUCACUUCAACAAAGGAUACCAAGAGAACAAAGCAAAUCUGAUAAUUGAAACAAAUUUGGAAAGUUGUUCAAAAUUGCAUGUACUAUCUGAAUCGUGAAAGUUUAUUUUUUACUUUACUGCGUAACAAUUUUACAAUUAAUUUGUGAACUUUGUAUGUGUUUCUAGUGAGCAAGCCAAAAAUAUUAAAAGGAAAUCACUUAUUUAAAGCCAAAAGUUACAGACGUAUUACCUUUAAUUAUUUGUCAUCUCCCACAAUUAUUGACGGCAGCGUUACCUUAUGUGAUGUGACAGUGGGCGGUAAGAACUAGGAUCAUACGGACUUCUGCAUAUGUGUAUGGAAUUGUGUAAUAUAUUAAAUGAAAUAACUGCAAACCAUUUACAUAUUAAAUCUUUGAAUUUGAAAUCUAAAUGGAUUUAAAGGGACAGUCUAAUCAAAAUUAAACUGUUAUGAUUCAGAUAGGGCAUGCAAUUUUAAACAACUUUCCAAUUGACUUUUAUAAUCACAUUUGCUUUGUACUCUUGGUAUUCUUUGUUGAAAGCUAAACCUAGGUAGGCUCAUAAACUGAUUUGUAACCACCUCAUCGCAGUGCAUUUUGACAGUUUUUCACAGCUAGACAGCACUAGUUCAUGUGUACCAUAUAUAACAUUGUGCUCACUCCCGUGGAGUUAUUUUUAAGAGUCAGCACUGAUUGUCUAAAAUGCGACUCUGUCAAAAGUACUGAGAUAAGGGGACAGUCUGCAGAGGCUUAGAUACAAGGUAAUCUCAGAAGUAAAAAGUAUAUUAAUAUUGCAGUGUUGGUUAUGCAAAACUGGGGAAGGGUAGAUAAAGGGAUUAUCUAUCUUUUUAAGCAAUAACAUUUUUCGAGUAGACUGUCCCUUUAACUUAAUAAGGAUCAGAGAGAACGUUUGCACCUAACAGAUAACACUAUUAGAUCUUUGCAUAUUAUUCUAAACGUAUUUUUUUAGAAAGUAUCUGGAGACUCAUCUGCAAAAUGAUAAGAUGACUUUAUUUUUCUUUCAAUGUUCCCAAAAUUUCAAGGCAAACUUAUUGUUCCCAGAAUACACUAUUGUUUUUAUUUAAUGGCAUAUACUGACUGUGUUUUGUAAUUUUCUUUACCAUAUUUCCCUUGUCAUUUAUGUAUUUGUAAAUAAAUGUGCACCAAAGCAAAGUACCUACUGACGUACCAUCCUGAAUUUAAAACAUUGAACCAUAUAGAAUUCUGUUUAAAUUGUAGCUAUUGCUGAACACCUACAAUGUUAAUACACUGAUCAAUGUGAGAACCAAAAACAGACUAAAGAAGAGAUUAAAUAUAUGCAGUGACAUUUAGCAAAACUGAGUAUACUAUUGGCAUUGGUACAAAUCUCAAACCACCAACCGUCUGCUGUAAUUUGUUUUGGUAUUGUUCCUACAUCACAUCACAACAAAAUGAUUUUCCUUUGUUCAACAGAGAAUUUUGUUUGCAUAACGGGACAAUAAAGUCACAAUUAAACUCAUGAUUCAGAUAUAUCUUGCUAUUUUAAACAACAUCUCUAUUUUCUUCUAUUAUCAAGUUUGCUUUGUUCCUUUGGUACACUUUGUUGAAGAGUAGCCUGAUGAGCAGUUAUGCACUACUGGGAGCUAGCAGAACAUAUCUGGUGAGCCAAUAACAACAGGCAUAUGUGUUCAAUAGUCUAUCACCAGCUAGCUCCCAGAAGUGCACUGCUGUAGAUGAGCCUAUUUAGGUAUGUUCCUCAACAAAGGUUAACCAGAGAACAGAGCAACUGAUAAUAGAAGUACAUUUGAAAGUAGUUUAAAAUUGAACGUUCUAUCUGAAUCAUGCAAGUUUUUUGUUUCUUUACAGUCCCUUUAAUUAUACUAAUGUUAUAUUCAUAUUUAUUGUACAUUAACAAAAGAAUGUCAAGUGAUCAAAUAAAAGGCGUGUGAUAACCUGGAUAACAAUACUAAAAAGGGUUAAUUCUACGUAUUGUAAAUUCUCUGCAAUGUAGUUUUUUACCUGGUUAAAAUGUGCCUAUUGUUUUAAGAGUUAUUAAAUCCAUGUCAAGGAACUUGCAGUCUUUCUAGUGAGUAAUUUUUUUCAGCUAAACUUGUUUUGUUGCACUAAAAUGAACUUAGCCAACUGAAAUUACAGCAUAACAUCCACAAUUGUGGAUAUUAUGCUGUAAUAAUAUGCUUUAUUCUUUAAUUAGAAUUCUCAAGUAGAUGCAGCUACAGUGACAAAUUCCUUUUUAAAACGGGAUUUAUUUUCUCAUGUCAAUCAAAAUAAAAGCUUAUCUUCAUGAUUGCA